AUGGCACCCUCAGCGAUUACGGAGACGGUGGCGAGUGUGUUGCCUGUCAUGAAGAAGACUGAAGCACCGGAAGGCAAAGGCCAGGUCGUUGCUCUGGAGAAGACUCCACUUGAAGCUAUAUCUCACGGAAUCGUGAUGCCAGGCAUCCCGAUAUUCCCCAGUUUUGUCGAGGAGCGAAAACACACACUGGUACACAUGGCGGCGACCUUCCGGUUCUUCCACCGCUGCGGUUUCACAGAAGGCAUGAGUGGACACAUCUCCGUCCGCGAUCCCGAGCACCAAGGCCUGAUCUGGAUGAACCCCCUUGGACGCCACUUCGGCCUAAUAACGGCCGGAGACAUGAUAUGCCUCGAGAUUGAAACCGGGCGUAUCGUAGGCGGCAACCUGACCCGUCCGGCCAACUCAGCAGGGUACCUCAUCCACUCGGCCGUGCACAAGCGCCGCCCUCACGACGUCCAUGCUGUUUGCCACGCCCACACCAACGCGGGUCGGGCGUGGUCUGUUUUCGCGCGACCCCUAGAGAUGCUGAGCCAAGAUAUCUGCAACUUCCACAACGCACAUGCCGUGUACGCCCGGUACGGCGGGAUUGUAUUCGGUGACGAGGAGGGGCAGGCCAUCGCCGAUUCACUGGGCGAGCAUAACAAGGGUGCCAUCCUGAUGAACCACGGUUUGAUCACGGUUGGGGAGACGGUAGACGAAGCUGGUUUCAUGUUCGGCCUGCUAGACCGCGGGUGCCAGAUGCAGUUGCAGGUCGAGGCGGCCGCUGCGGCGGGUAUCAAGAAGAACAUCAUCAGCGACGAGGAGGCGUCGUACAACUUCAAGAUGGCGAGCGAGAAAAAUGCGCUGUACCGCGAGGCUCAGCCGGAUUUGGAAUAUGAGUUCGAGAUGGCUGGAGGCGAGGAGGUUGUGGCAAGGGGGUUCGAGGCCCUGUCGCCGCUAAAGUUGUAG